UCCCCGGAGCCUCAUGAAGAUUGGGGUGAAGCUAGGCUCCCCCACAAUGCCGCAUUAGGCAACGUCCAGACAAUUAGCUUUGGCGAUCAGUACGCCCAGUGCAUAUGGUUUACUACCCCGCGGAUUUUCCGACACGUGCAUGCGAGACACUCUUCGCACCACGCUUGCAUUGUGCGACUUGACGGCUUGCGGUCCGGAUAUUGA